UAAAUCGCGAGGAUGCCCGUCGGUGCCGUCCAGCCUCCACGUGCGAGCGCCCGGUGAACGUUCGACCGACGUUCGGCGAGAAAAAGAAGGUUAGAGAAAGUCUGGCCCUUCGGAGGGCGACCACCCUCCAGUGAGCUUUUCGGAACUGCCACGGCGCCACCGGCGUCCACCUAGCGACACGUGCGCCUGGAACGCGGAAGCCGAUUGGCCGAGUCCUGGUGCUAGGUGAGCGCUCCCCGUGAGAGCGAGAGAGACCGCGCGACCGGCCGCCCGCGGGAGCGAGAGAGACGCCCUUAUCUCCGGCCACACUGGCCAAACGCCACCCGGGGAGAUUCGGCCGUAAGGCGCGCCAUCGAUCGCUGCAAAUUGGAUUUAAAGAAGAAAGAGGCGCCCACCUUGCCAAGAGAGAGACCGGGUGCUCGUAGAGGAGGACUCUGAUACCCAGAAAAACGAGGAGUGGCUUUUUUGUCGAGCCGAGGGAAUCGCUCGACGAAGGCCGAGCCGCUCCUAGGAGGUAAAUCCUCGACUGAUCCUGCGAGAAAACAGACAGGAAGCGAGGAGGAACUCGUCCUGCACGACUCGAGCGCGAAUACGAAUGAGAUUCGCACGUUUCAUCGGCGAAGUGACGUGAUCGACCGAACGAGAGGAUGCAGCCGGGGGUUAAGCUGGUUAUGGCCACGGUCUGGCUAACGGCCGUGGUGGGAGCAACCACCCUCCCGAGCAACCCUUUCGACGAUCAAUACUCCCCGCUGCCCCCGCAGCAUCCCGUGCAUCAGGAUCAGGAGGCACUCGAAAAUUGGCAGAAGGGCCAAAAGUUCCUCGGCGACAGGUCGGAAAGGCCCAUCGAGGUCCCCAAGACAGCCGAGGAUGAGUCUCCAGGCGACUGGACGGUGUCCGAGGAGAGGGUGGACGAGGGUUCGAGGACCCUGAAGAGCGUGGAAAAUGGGGAGGCGACCGCCUCGGAGGACGAGUCCUUCGUGGCGGACGACAAUUUCCAGGACCAAGGUCCAGGAUCCGUGGAAGUCUACAAGCUGGAUCUGCACAGGGAAAAAUCCUUGCUAGGGUCAGCAGGUGGAAUAAAGAACCUCCCCCGGAUGAAGAGCAAGGUCCCGAAGAAGGCAUCCAUGGCCAACAGGAUAUCCUGGAAGCCGAAAGCCAUCGAGUCGAAGGUGUCCGACCCGAAGGUCCCUCGAGAGUCCUUGGACGAGGACCAACCCUCCGAGAAGCUUAAGAAGGAGGUCUUCGGGGUGGGAGGGGUGCCAGAAUUGCAGGUUGGUUGCGAAGGGUUGGAAGCGUCGCACAGGUCGAAGAGAUCGCUGGACCCCAAAAGUGAUCUCGACGACUUCGACCCCUCCUUGCACGUGACCCCUCUGACGAUCGACCUGGACUACGAAGAGGGAGAGAGCGACGAGGAGAAGGACGAGCUGCUGAAGCUGCGAAAAAUGGCGACCACGACGCCGAAGCCGGCCCAUCUGAAGAACCGAGGAGACAUAGAAGCGCCCCUGAAGUUGCCAGUGGACCUGGAGAACAUCCUGAAGACCCAGAAGCUUCCGGUUCGAGGAGACCUAGGAGACUCUUCCCCGAGGUCGCGACGAUCUCCAGAGACCGACAAGGUAGAGAUCGAGGUCGACGCCACGACCGAAACGGACUCUUCGACAUCGAACGAGUUUCCUCAGGGCGUGGAAGACGAGGACUCGAGUGACGAGGCCGAGGAACUGGCGGAUAAAUGGUGGAUGGACCAUUUUCUGAAGUCGAGCUCGAAUUUCGGACGCAGGCUCUUCGGCUGGGGGUGGGAGGAGGAGGAGGAGGACGAGUCCUUGAAGAGGACGAACGAGGGGGAGAGAGAGAAGCGCGAUAUCUGGGGAUUUGGGGAGAACGAGGGUCUGGUGUCCAGCGACGAGCUGCAAUCCGAGGAACGGCGGAGGCAGAGGGAGGAGGAAGAGAGGAGACGGGAGGAGGAGAUAAGGAGGGGACGAGGAAGAGGAGGAACCACCGAGGGUGGCCCGUCGAGAUCCGAACAGGAGAUGGAGUGGAGGAGACGGGAACACCAGAGGAGGCUGGAGGAGGCCAGGAGGCCGGAUGACCAGGACAGGGAGAACAAGCGAAGGAUCCACGAGGAGAGGCUCAGGGCGGAGGAAAGGAGGAGGAGUGAAGAGGAGGGGCGCAAGAAGCAGGAGGAGAAUCAAAGGGUGGAGAACGAGAGGAGGCGGCAGUGGUUGACGAGAUGGCGGGAGGAAGAGGAGAGGAGGAGGCUGGAGGAUCAAAGGAGGAAUAAUCAGCCGGUUAACUUGAUCCGUCAGGAAUCUCAGAGAGGAUCGGAUGACACGAGACACACGCAAGAGGAGGAGGCAGAGAGGAGGGAGAGGGAGGAAAAGCUUAGGGAAUACCUUCGAAGGAAUCGACCGAUCGAGGUAAACCCGAGGUUGGAGGAAGCCCGAAGGGGGAGGACAGGCGAGAGGAAGCUCCCCGAAUGGAGGGCGAACGCCACGAGGGCGGAAGAGGAGAGAAGAAGGGAAGAGGAGCACAGGAGGAGAGAAGAGGAGUACAGGAAGAGAUGGGAAGAGGAGAGAAGGCAGGCCGAGGAGAGGAAGCUGCAGGACUAUGUAAGACGAAACCAGCCCGUUACGGUGGCUCCUCGGAGGGAACCGGAUAGACGAGAGGAGGAGGAAAGAAGGAGGAUCUUCGAGGCCGCAAGAAGGUACGACAGGAUGAGAAAUCCGAUGGUGGAGAUAGGAGGAAGAUCUCGGGGACCAUCACCAGGUGCAGGUCCUGCGCCGACAGGAUCGGUAGAAGAGGCUCGCAGGAGGCAGGAGGCUACCAAGCUGCAGGAGGAACGACGGAAACAGGAAGAGGACUACAUGAAACGAGAAGCUGCGCGAAGAGAGGACGAGCGAAGGAGAGAAGAGUCCAGGAGAUACGAGGAGGACCGGAAGCGACAGGAAGCUGCGCGCAGAGAGGACGAGAGGAGGAGGAAGGAGCAGAUAGAGGAGCAGAGGAGGAGGCUGCAGGCCGGCAGGACCUGGACCGUGCAAGGUCGGGAGGACCGACGCAGAAUCGAGGACGAAGGACGAAGGAAGCAAGUCCUGGAGGCAGCCAACCUUUGGGAUCAGCGUCGUCGAGAAGAACAGGAGCGUAGACGUCAACGGGAACGCAUCGACGAAAGGAGGUUGAAGGAGCAGAAGCAGAGGGAGGAGGAAAGGACGAAUCUGUCCGAGCAGAGGAGGAAGUGGGAAGAAACGAGGCUCAACUCGCUCCCUGUGAGCGCGAGGAUAAUAGUUCGUUCGGGGGAUUCCGUCGUAUCCCCGGUCCCGACGAUCCUGUCCAGGAGUGGCGGCGACAACGAGAUCGGUUUCCCGGGAUUCAGCCCCGAGCGGGAGGGUCCGCAGGCGGCUAGGUUCCCAGCGCCCGCCACCGUGAGACCCCCCGUCAGGAGUCCUGCCCCCUGUGUCUGGGCAGUGGUCCAAUGUUGUCCAUACAACAGUCGCAUGACAGCCUGCUUCGAGUCGUUGGGAUGUCCAGGUGUCAACUGGGACCCGAAUCCGUGUCGCCGUUCGCUCGCCCAGUCGGCUCAGUCGGAGAUCAGAGGAUUCUACGCGACGGCGAGCAACAACGAUCCGAGGCACUGAUAACAAGGAUGAUCGAUCAGGAGCCGAUCGAUCGGCCGAUCGAUGGACCCCAGGCCGAUGGCGAACGAUACCUUAUCGCCGCCAAUGGACCGAUAAGAGGAGGCUCGCUCCGAAAUCUUAACACGGGCAGGCUGGACCUUAUCGGCGCGUUCGUUCCCUCUGAUAACCUGAUAACCCACGCACUAACGCGUAGAUGCGUAACCGCGCGUAAUCUUACGACGCGACGUAGACGCCUUGUCGUAGGAUCUAACUUCCUGGUCGGAGAAGUUCUGCCUGGGAAUGGUGUCGAUAAGAGGAGGAAGUACUGUCCGGGGAGGAGGAAGAGGAAGAAAGGAAAACGUGGAAAACGCAACGUCGGUCCGGAAGAGAUGCGGAGGUACCCGAAGGUGGUCCAGAAUCGCAGGUGUCCAAGGAAGAGGCGACUUCUGGGACCUCGGGAUCUGACCUACCCCUGUCGCGAGUGCUCUUCAUGUUCGGCACGUCUAAUAAGAGCGUAGUCGCGUAGUCGUUGGCAGCUUUCUCACUUGUAAUAUAUAUAUAUAUACACGAGCAUACGUACUCCUAAAUACCCGGGGCGUACCUCGAACACCGCGGCGUGAACACUGUAAUAUAGUAGAUAUGUAUAUUUAUGUGUACACCCCUCCGUAACGAGACAAAUACACGUAACGCGUCUAGCCGCGUAAACACCCUC